AUGCUGGCCCUACCACGAGCGACGCCCACCCUUCGCCAGCUCCCUCGAUCGACCCCCUCCAUCUCCCAGUCCCAGCUCUGGCAUCGUCGUCAUUCCUCCUCCACAUCGUCCACAUCCUCAAGCCUCGAAUCCCCCUCCUACCCAGGCUUGUACUACCACCCCAUCCCCUCCUCCUCCCCUCCAUCCUACACCCUUUCCUUCCUCCCCACCCCAGCUCCAUCCCUCACUUUCUCUCCCACCACAAUAGGCACCUUACAUACCACCACCACCACCUCUUUGAAGGGCAACGAACUACCCGACCCAACUCCAAGACAAUUCAAGGACAACCCCGAAUUCUCGCAGGUGUUGCAGGAGAUUAUAAAAGAGGUGAUUGCGAGAGAGGGGAACAAGGGGUUGGAGACGAUGGCCAAGACGAGGCCCGAGGAUGGAUGGAUCGUGAGUUUCUUUGUAAAAGGCAGGCUGAGAGAGGAGAUUUGAUAGUAGGCUCGGCGCAUGCGAUCGCGAACUGAUCAAUUGUACUACGCUUCACACAUAGCAUAUCACGGACCAACGAACCCAAUUCGACGUCCUCAGUCGAGUCCCCGAUCCAUCAGACAUCAUCGCCUCCCUCCUUGUUCAAAACGGUGAAAUCAUCCGCGAGUCGUACCAGCCUUCGGGGACGCAUCGAUUGGUCACGAUCGAUGGGAUGAUGAAACUUGAGCACGAGUUGUUCGAGGCGGUGAAGGAGAAGCUGGGGAGGGUGAGGGGCGUGGAGGAAGAGAUUGCGAGGGAGGCUCAGAAGUAG